AUGGAUUGGAAUUCCAAUUUGAGACACCUUGUUUCUCGACCAGAACCUUCCUUUGGCUUCCUCUACAACUAUAACUAUGACUGCUAUCCUCCUGGGAUGGAGAUGAAGCAUCAAGCAGUGAUGUCUGAGAGCUCACAAGGCUUGGUUCCUGGACUGGACAGGAACCACAGCAGUUAUGGGUGCUCUAGCCAAGACAAGAAGAAGAGAUUGUCAACUGAUCAGUUAGAGUCACUUGAGAGGAGCUUUCAAGAGGAGAUAAAGCUGGACCCUGAUAGGAAGAUGAAGCUUUCAAGAGAGCUUGGCCUUCAGCCUAGGCAAAUUGCUGUUUGGUUCCAAAACAGAAGAGCCAGAUGGAAGGCCAAGCAGCUUGAGCGCUUGUAUGAUGCUCUUAAACAAGAGUAUGAUGUGGUCUCCAAAGAGAAACAAAAGCUCCAAGAAGAGGUCAUGAAAUUGAAGACAAUUCUGAGAGAUGAAGUUGCUAGAAAACAAGUUUCCACCGGGUACACUGAAAUCUCCGGUGAAGAGACGGUGGAGAGCACGUCGGUUGCCAUUCGGAGCUCUAACAAAGGAGGAAGGACGAGCCAACAUCAGGUGCAAGAGUGCAACUACCUCUUCAAUGUUGAGGAAUAUAACCCAGUAUCGCCACCUUUCUGGGGAGCUCUGCCUUCUUAUCCCUAA